AUGUGUGACACCAGCUGCCCUGCAAGCUGCCAGCCGACUUGCUGUGUGCCCAGUUCCUGCCAGGAGAUUUGCUGUGUGCCCAGUUCCUGCCAGCCGGCCUGCCCUGCUCUCUGUUGCCCUGCCCUGGGCUGCCGAAACCCCUGUGGUGCCUCCCGCAUGGCUCUGCUGUGCAGGCCAGCCUGCUGUGUGCCCAGCCCCUGCCAGGCAUCCUGCUGCAUGCCUCUGAGCUGCAAGCCUGUCCUGUACGUCCCCGUGUGCUACAAACGCAUCGUGUAUGUGAUCCCCUCCUGCCAGCCUUCCAGGUUCUGCCAGCCCUCCUACCCUUCCCUGGUCUGCAGACCCGUCCCCUGA